AUGUCAUGGUGCCCUGAUAGUUAUGGUGGUAGCCAAGCGACCUUCGCGGCUCUGACAUGCCACGUCGAGGAACUCCAGCGGGACCGCGAUCGCCAUAAGCACUUGCGAGAAGCUGAGCAGAAGGUAGAUCAGGCGUACGAGGCUGCGGAAGCGCAAGAGAAGCUAGUUGUUCAGCUGCUACAAGAGGCAAAGAAGAAGGCCAAGGCAUCUGAGACAAGCGCACGAGAACACGCAAAAUCGCUUCAGCUUCAUCUCGACACCGAGACGAAGCGUGCGCUCGCAGCUGAAGAGACGCUAGCCGCAGUGAAAAGGAAACCGCUCGACUAA